AUGGGAGGAGGAGGUGAGGGUUCUGUGGACGACGGGACCCACUCCGACGAUGGAGAUGGAGUCAAGGUCAACGUCAACGUCAGAUGCUCCAAUGGCUCCAAGUUCACCGUUCAGAUUAACCUCGAAUCCACCGUUGGAUCGUUCAAGGAAGUUCUCUCAUCAAAAUGCGACAUCCCGGCCGAUCAGCAGCGUCUGAUUUACAAGGGUCGGAUCUUAAGGGACGAUCAAACCGUCCAAAGCUAUGGUUUGGAGGCAGAUCACACUGUUCACUUGGUUCGUGGUUUUGCACCGCCUGCGUCAGCCAACCCUGCUGGUGCAACCAAUGCUGGAGCUGCAAAUUCCACCCAAGCAAGGGGUAUUGGAUCCAAUGAUGGUGGGACAUUGGGAGGGUCUGGUUUUGGAGCCUCACCAUUCCCAGGACUCGGACUUAAUGGUAUGGGUGGCACUGGUGGUCUGUUUGGAGCUGGGCUUCCUGACUUUGAACAAGUGCAGCAACAAUUGACUCAGAGCCCCAGCGUAAUGAGAGACAUAAUGAACACGCCUGCCGUUCAAAAUCUUAUGAAUAACCCUGACAUAAUGCGGAACUUGAUUAUGAACAACCCUCAAAUGCGUGAAAUUAUUGAUCGAAAUCCCGAGCUAGCACACGUACUUAAUGAUCCUGGCACGCUCCGUCAGACACUUGAAGCAGCAAGAAACCCCGAGCUUAUGCGUGAGAUGAUGCGUAACACUGACAGAGCCAUGAGCAACAUUGAAGCUACUCCUGAGGGAUUUAACAUGCUCAGGCGGAUGUAUGAAAACGUACAAGAGCCAUUUAUGAAUGCAACAACAAUGGCUGGGAAUGCUGGGAGUGAUGGUUCAAACCCAUUUGCAUCUCUUUUGGGGGCCCAAGGUGGCAACCAAACCAGAUCUGAUUCAAUGAAUGGUUCUCCCGCUCCAAAUACUAACCCGCUUCCCAACCCAUGGUCCUCUACAGGCACUGGAGUUGCCGAAACUAAUACCACAGCAUCAAAUCCUAUCAGUGAUGCUAGGCCGCAGACACCAACUCCCAUAGCUGGACUUAACUUUCCAGAGUUUGAAGCAUUGGGUGCCCUGCCACAGGAUUACAAUUCAAUGAAUCAGUUUAUGCAAAAUCCAGCUGUUUCUCAAAUAAUGCAAAGCCUCAUCUCCAAUCCUCAGUAUAUGAACCAGAUUCUAGGUUCCAACCCCCAGUUUCGAAGCAUGCUUGAUUCCAAUUCUCAUUUAAGAGAAAUGAUGCAAAACCCUGAAUUUCUUCGUCAGUUGGCUUCUCCUGAGACUAUGCAGCUGCUCUUGACUGUGCAGCAAUCACUUAUGUCUCAGUUUGGUCGGCAACAGCAACAGUCAACCCAGGAAACAGGUCAGACUGGUGGAACCACAGGAUCAUUAAAUAACACGGGGCUAGAGAUGCUGAUGAACAUGUUUGGUGGGCUUGGCACUGGCAGCCUGGCUGUUCCCAAUAGGCCUGAUGUGCCACCGGAAGAACUCUAUGCUGCACAGCUUUCACAACUUCAGGAGAUGGGUUUCUUUGACCAACAAGAGAACAUACGGGCUCUGAUGGCCACCGCAGGAAACGUCCAUGCAGCAGUAGAGCGACUUUUAGGGAAUUCUGGUUUAUAG